CUACGACUCAGUCCAAGUUCAAAUCGUUCCCCUAAAGCACACUCUUCAGCAGUAAUCUCUAGUCGGCUUACAAUUUCACCACAUGCAAUCUCUAAGUCAAGACAGCGCCGACGUGACUCUAGAAAUACCACUAGCCUUAGCGGCUAUUUGAAUGCUUCCAUAGACGGCGGUCAAGGUGCCUUUAUCCAGCGUCGCAGGAGCAAGACUAGUGGAGAAAAGUCUGUGCGGUCGAGUUCUAUGGCCCCCUUAGCGGCUGCACAAAAGCGACGCCGGCGCUCGGUGCUCGAGACUCCGAACCCUCAGCGCUCGCAUCCCAGAUGGGAACGUGCCCAGUUGGCGGCAGCCAAAAAGACAAAAGAUCGACUUUACACAUUUACACAUUUAUCUUUCCAUGUUUCUGCAAAAUUUCACAUGCAAACGUCCAUAAAUGAACUCACACUAUCAAAGGAAAUCAUUGUAUCUGAGUCUCCUCUGAAGCCGGAGUUUGACCUGCUUCCGCAGUCACUCCAUUCUUCCAAGUCGCAGCUUACCGCAGCUUCUUACCCCACUCCCCUUGGAAGUCCUUUGCGCAGACUCUGGCGAGCUAACUCGACUCAACCCACAUCUCUUCCACGCUGCCAUUCAGGAAUAUCGCUCGCAGUGUCUUCUGCCGCUGUCGCUUCUUCUUCGUCCUCAUCUUUUUCCAACCUGGCUACUUCCCUUGAACCAUCUCGCAGACUCUAUGCCACUGCAACGACUCCGAUUAAAUCACGUGGUUUGAACUCUCUUUCAUCAGUUACCGAUCAUCAGCAGUUGCAAGGCUCGACAUGCAUGUCAAUAGCCAUGUCGCGGGCGGAGCGCUGGCGCCAGCGACAGUUAGACGAAGAAGCUAGUCUCAGCCAGUUCACCACAAGUAAUACCUGCUCUUUGCCUGCUGAUGCCCCUUCCCAAUCGUCCAAGCCAGAUGAUGAGGCUAGUGCAGGAAGCUUUUGGCCUUCUCGACCAGGUCUACGUCUUCGUAGGCAGUGUAGCUCUAACCUUUUUGCUAACCUUGCAGGACAGACAGACUGUAAAUAUUUAGCUACCGGACCACAAGCCAGCUGGCCUAUUGGGAGCUUAGAAAAUUUGGUCAAGUCACCUGUAAAGAGUAGGUAG